CCCACGCCGCGGGCGAGCGAGACCUCGGCCCGCCACCAUGACUUCCAGUAAGAUAGAGAUGCCCGGCGAGGUGAAGGCUGACCCCGCCGCUCUCAUGGCGUCCCUGCACCUCUUGCCAUCGCCCACGCCCAACCUCGAAAUCAAGUACACCAAGAUUUUUAUUAACAACGAGUGGCAGAACUCAGAGAGCGGGAGAGCGUUUCCUGUCUAUAAUCCAGCCACAGGAGAGCAGGUGUGUGAAGUUCAAGAAGCAGACAAGGCAGACAUAGACAAAGCGGUGCAGGCAGCCCGCCUGGCUUUCUCUCUUGGUUCUGUGUGGAGGAGGAUGGAUGCUUCUGAAAGAGGCCGUCUGUUGGAUAAGCUUGCGGACUUGGUGGAACGAGAUAGGGCAGUUCUUGCAACCAUGGAAUCCCUAAAUGGUGGCAAACCGUUCCUGCAAGCUUUUUAUGUGGAUUUGCAGGGGGUCAUCAAAACCCUUCGGUAUUACGCAGGCUGGGCUGAUAAAAUUCACGGGAUGACCAUUCCUGUAGAUGGAGAUUAUUUUACCUUUACCAGACACGAACCCAUUGGCGUGUGUGGACAGAUCAUCCCGUGGAACUUCCCCCUGCUGAUGUUUGCUUGGAAAAUUGCUCCGGCUCUUUGCUGUGGCAAUACAGUAGUUAUUAAGCCUGCAGAACAAACGCCGCUCAGCGCGCUCUACAUGGGAGCCCUCAUCAAGGAGGCUGGCUUUCCGCCGGGAGUCAUCAAUAUUUUGCCAGGAUACGGGCCAACGGCUGGGGCAGCAAUAGCAUCUCACGUUGGCAUAGACAAGAUUGCGUUCACAGGGUCAACGGAGGUUGGAAAGCUUAUCCAAGAAGCAGCUGGAAGAAGUAACUUGAAGCGAGUGACUCUGGAACUUGGAGGGAAAAGUCCCAAUAUUAUUUUUGCUGAUGCUGAUUUGGACUACGCUGUGGAGCAGGCCCACCAGGGCGUGUUCUUCAACCAAGGUCAGUGCUGCACCGCCGGGUCUCGCAUCUUUGUGGAGGAGUCCAUCUAUGAGGAGUUCGUGAGAAGGAGUGUGGAGCGGGCCAAGAGGCGCAUCGUGGGGAGUCCCUUCGAUCCCACCACGGAGCAGGGACCGCAGAUUGAUAAGAAACAAUACAACAAGAUCCUGGAACUCAUCCAGAGUGGCGUGGCCGAGGGUGCCAAGCUGGAAUGUGGAGGCAAAGGGCUGGGCCGGAAGGGGUUUUUCAUCGAGCCCACGGUGUUUUCGAACGUCACCGACGACAUGCGCAUUGCCAAGGAGGAGAUCUUUGGCCCCGUUCAGGAAAUUCUGAGGUUUAAGACUAUGGAUGAAGUUAUCGAAAGAGCCAAUAACUCAGACUUCGGACUCGUCGCAGCCGUCUUCACUAAUGACAUCAACAAGGCCCUCACAGUGUCUUCGGCAAUGCAGGCUGGGACUGUUUGGAUCAAUUGUUACAAUGCCUUAAAUGUCCAGAGCCCCUUUGGGGGAUUCAAGAUGUCUGGAAAUGGGAGAGAAAUGGGGGAGUUCGGCUUGCGAGAGUACUCCGAGGUGAAGACGGUGACUGUAAAGAUCCCUCAGAAGAACUCCUAAGAAGGCUGAGGAGGAGUGCAUCCAGCAGCUGAUGGACAGCGUCGGCUUCCUUUCCUCCUUCACUCUUUCCAGUUGCUGAAUCCAACCCAGCCUGUAACCUAGAUGAAGAUCAUUUAUUUAAAAGUACCAACCAUAACCUAGAGUACAUGGAAUAUGGGCAACGCGUAUAUAGCCUUCUGUAUGUAAUGGGUUCCUGCUUUUUAACCACACUGGUUUUCUAUUUAUGAGUCUCGUCUGUUCAUGAUGUUUAAGGGAAAUCUCCGUCCGCUGUUAUUUACGAACGACUGUGCACUCAGUGGCCCGAUGCCUCGAGAGACGCCACGCUUCUGAGUUCUCCCAUGUGAAUGUCAUGCUUUCCUCCUCUAGCGUGUGUCCAAGUGAACAUAUCCAUUAACCAGCUAGUUACCUUUCAACUGCAAUAUAGAAUGUGAAAAUGAAGAUUUAUUUCUUUUAAUUUACUUAAAAAGAAACCUCUGUACUAGCAAUAAAGCAUUUAUAUUGUGUA